GAAUCGAUUUUGCUAAGCUAGCAUGGGGAGAAAGGCGUCGUGCAUCUCGCUUGUGAUCCUCGUGCUUGUGCUCGCUGGCCUCGAUGCGAAGUCCGCGGCUGGCUACAGCGUCGACCAGGCGGCGAUGAAGCUGGAGGACGGCGUGGCGCCGGAGCUCGGGGUGGUGACGGCGGUGGACCUGGAUGUGCGUCGACACGUUCUCCACAGCAUCAGCCCACAAUACGUGCAGGAGCCCAGCAGGCCAGCCUGCGUCGAGGGGUGCGGGGCGCGCGGAGAGCGGUACACCGGCCGGGAUUGCAAGAAAAAGUACCAGUGCGGUUAAGCACCAACACAGCGAAUGGAAGUCGGAAGGGUACUACGUACGGGCGCGUCAAUGCAACCUCGCUGCACUGCCCGGCGUCAUUUUACUGCAUGAGUGACAGUGCACUCGCGUUCCAUCAGUCCAUGUUCUGUUUUCAUUUCCAUUUUGCGUGCAUACCGUACUGUUGCUACCGCAGUGUAUCAGUAAACUUGCCGUGCAGUCUCGUUGUGCAAUUGUGAUGUUCGAAAGUAAAGGCUGUUUUUGUCAAGGGUGAACUGAGUGUAGUUUAGAUGGUUAGUUUGUUGGUGUAGAACCAACCAACCCACCAGAGUUAAAGUCUAAUACUUGGCAUUGGUGGUCACAUUUUCCUGAUUUUAUUUCAGGCUUUUCGGCGAU